AUGUUUCUAGCACGCCGCCGGCUCCUACAAACGCCUUUUGCUGCUUCUUCUCCUUAUACUGCUUCUUUUCUCACCAAGAACGUACGUGCUCUCGCCAUGGACUACUCGAUUGUUCCCACGCCCGACGCCUGCUAUGCCGACUUUUGUCUGAUUCCGGUCGGCACCGGCAACGUCUCUGUGGCCGAGGACGUGGCAGAGGUCCAGCGGCUGCUGCAGGCCUCGGGCCUGACGGUGACGAUGCACGCCAGCGGCACGACGGUGGAGGGCAGCUGGGACGACGUGAUGCGGGUGAUUGGGCAAGCGCACACCGUGGUGCACCAGCGCGGCGUGCUGCGGGUGCAGAGCUCGAUGCGCGUGGGGACGCGGACGGACAAGAAGCAGACGGCGGCCGACAAGGUGAAGCGCGUGCAGGACAUCCUGAAGGCGUAG